AUGGUCAUUAUUAAUGUAUAUCUUAUUACUCAAAUCCUAGAAUCUACUCAGAAGCAUAAAAACUUUUGUCUUGAACUGGUAUGGGAUCUUAUAAAUAAUGCAAGUAGUAAAGAAGAAAUUCAGCUUAGAGUUUGCUCCCAGUAA